CUCUCUUUCUCUCUCCCUUUCCCUCUUCUCCACCUCCGCCUCAUCCCUCUCUCUCUCCAACUACCGUCGGCGGCUAGACCGCCUCUAACUUCUCUCUUCUUGCUCCUCCAUGAACCAACGCCGAUCGGAUUCCGCUCUUCGUCGCUUCCCCGCAAGGACAAAGUUUGAUGGUCGCCAAAAAUCCAAAUCUACUGAAAAGAUUGUUUUUUUCUUCUUCCUCUUCCUUUUAAGGGGGGAGUUUCGUCGGCACAACUGGGGUUUUCCGCUUUGCAAGUUGUUUUGGUUGGUGUUUUUCUUGGCGAUUAUUGCAUUUGGUACAUCUUCAGUUGAUGCUUGCAGUCCUUGUGGGGAUGAUUUGCUCUAUGAUGUCAGCCCUCAGUCUGCUUCCUUCUGCUUCCCCUCCACUCCGAUGGAUUUUGACUCGCAGGAAGGGGAUGCCUGCAAAGAACCUUGCUUUGGAGCUCGGGCAUCUGAAAUGAGCCCGCAACGGAAGCCAGGCAAUGUCGCAGCUUUCAAGUUGGCCGAUGGUGGCGUUGUUUCUUGUCGUUUGGUUGAUUCCGAGGCUGGCUUUGAAGCUGGAGCUCAUAGCAACGUGGAUGAUGUUGGGUCGUGUGUGGCUUCACUUGUUCCUGAUGUUUGGAUGAAGGAGUCGAGUGAGAUGGAUGUGGAACUAGAUGAGGAUGCCAAUACUAAUGAUUUGAGCCUUAAUAAUGGUUCUUCAUCUGGAAAUGUGGAGAUAACACCUCCUUUUUUGAAUUGGGGGGAGAAGAGUUUGUACACACCUUCAAUUGCUAUCUUGACUGUGAAGAAUACUAACGUCAGUGGUGUUUUGGAUGUUUAUGAACCUUAUAGCUCUGACCCUCAGUACUAUGCCUAUCAUUUCCAAAAGCUGGCAUUGGCACCUGGAGAAUCUGCUUCUAUUGAAUUUGUUUUCCUCCCAAAUAGGUUGGGAUUUUCAUCAGUGCAUCUAAUCUUGCAGACGAGCUUUGGAGGUUUCAUAAUUCGAGCCAGAGGAGUGGCGGUUGAGUCCCCCUACAAGAUAGAGCCUUUAGUAGGGACAAUGUCAACAAAUGUUCCUCCCUGCAAAAUGCUGAGUAGGAAUUUUUCUUUGUACAAUCCUUUUGAGGAGGUUCUUCAUUUGAAGGAUGUGAAUUCAUGGGUUUUCUUACCAGGACAUAAGGACCAAGCUGUUCAUAUUUUUUGUAGAAUGGAUGAGUUACCACAUCAGUCAUCGAAUGAGUCUGAUUAUUUUUUAACUGAGGAUGAAUGGUUCAGAAUAGACAGCAGAAAACUAGGAGUAAGAUGGUUAGAUGUUAGGCCCCGAAAUAAUUGGCAAGUGUCUCCUCACAUGACUCAGACAAUUUUAGAGAUGAGAUUUCUUCCGUUAAAAUCAGAAAAGAUUAUUGGAGCCGUCUGUCUAAACUUACAGUGUUUGGCACACGACAGAUUGGAUACACCUGUUCUUCCCCUUGAGCUAGAUGUGCAUCAUAAGACAAAUUAUAAUUAUGUAAACAAUUCAGUUUCCUUAGACAUUGAGCGUCUUGAAUCAUGCAAGGUGAGAGAAGCAGUUCUUAUUAUCUCGUUAAGAAAUGAUGGAUCAGACCUACUUAGUUUGACUAAAAUUAGUGAGGUUACAGAUAGCCCAAAACUUUUCAAGGUCAGAUUCAAGGAAGGACUCUUGCUUUUUCCCAGAACUUCCACAAAAAUAGCACUGGUCAAGUAUAAUGGUCACAUUAUCUCUCAGAAUAUUGUACCUGACCUACCUAGAGAAGGAAUGAAAUGUCAACUGUUAAUAGGGACAAAUCAUUCUGUCAGUCCAAUGUUCAAAAUUUCAUGCCUCGAUCUGGUAUAUGCCUAUUCUAAUAUUGAGCAUGGUUCAGCCAUCCUUGCAUCAGAUGGAUUUUAUAUUACUGGGCUAUCACAAGAUGUAGGGGAAAAAUAUGCAAAUGGAAGAACAUCUCUAAAAACUCUUGCUGAUUCGUUGUUUCCCAUGAAGCAGUUCUUAGAAGAAUUUGAAGCUGAAGAGGAGAUACUCAGAAAUUGGAAAUCUCAAGGCACUGUAGCUAAUGCUUCUGUCCUUGAAGGAAAUGAGCUAUCCUUUCCAGUGGUUCCAGUUGGGUCUCACUUGUCGAAGUGGAUCCCUGUACACAAUCCCAGUUGGCGUCCCGUUCUGAUGCAAGUUUUGCUAAACUCAUGGGUGUCUGUUAAUGAAUGCAAACCUUCUGAUGAACUAAGCGAACUUUCAUUCUUAAGUCGGUUUUCUGAGAUUGGCUUUCCAAAAACAAGGAUUGGAUUCUCAAUUCCAGAUUCAGCAAUAACUGAGGCCUUAGUACAUCCUUCCGAAAGUGCCUUGUUUGGGCCUAUUUUCUUUCAUCCAUCAAAUAGGUGUAUGUGGAGAGCAUCUGCUUUGAUACGUAAUAACCUUUCGGGUGUAGAAUGGUUACCUAUUCGAGCAUUUGGUGGAUCGCAUCUGCUCAUUCUCCUUGAAGGUUCUGAACCUGUAUGGAAGCUUGAAUUCGACUUUCAUUUUCUAGUUAGCAUGUCGUCCGAACUUUCUUCAUCCCGCAUAAAAAAUAACUCCAUGUGCAGUCAUCGUUUGUCCAAGGAGAUAUAUGCAAAAAAUAUAGGUGAACUUCCUCUUGUGGUCAAGAAACUAAAAGUUUCAGGAACUGACUGUCGCUUGGAUGGGUUUCUGGUACACGAAUGCCAUGGAUUUACUCUAGAACCAGGAGAAUCAAAGAGAAUGCUGCUUUCAUACGAACCAUAUUUUUCGACAGAGAUAGUACACCGAGAUCUUGAGCUCGUAUUGGCUGCUGGCAUCUUUGCUAUACCUAUGAAAGCCAGCCUUCCAGUCAAUAUGCUCAACCUUUGUAGGAAAAACUUUUUCUACCGAGUGCGUCGGGAAGUAUGGCUACUGGUAUUUGCUGCUGUGUCUAUGUUUAUUCUACUGCUGAUCGACAUCAGUCCGCCAUCCUUCUCUAUGGAUAUUGAAGAAAAUAACAUCCAGGUUGAGAAGAAAAUAAACCCCAGAAGCAAGACUAAGAAAACUUUCGGUCUUUCUGACCGUGCAAAAGCCUCCAGAUCAACUAAGGAAGAUGAGAACCCUCAUGCUAAAUUUUUCAACGAGUAUCAAAUCAAUGAAAACCUUGUGCGUGACAACACUAACAAAAUGCAAGACAAGCAUGAUUUUGACCUUCCGAUGGAAAUUGCAGCCUCUGCAUCAAAGCUAACUAAACAGACUGAUAUCUUCGACAAGUAUAGCAUGUUAGGAGCACCGCAAAGUGAUAGUCUCACAAUAAGAAUUAAAGAAAAGGGAAGGAGAAGAAAAAGGAGGAGCAAUGGCUCUGCUGGAUUCCUAGUGAAACAAGAAGUUUCAAGUAGUCAGAGUGGGAAUUCUACACCAUCAUCACCCUUGUCCUCGAAUGCCUCUACUCCAAAGCAAGCAUGGCCACUAUCUCCUGAGCCCGGUGACACCCCAUUUGCCGGCGGCUCAUCAUCUGAACCGGAGCAUCAGAGAAUACUGAGCCAAAGGCAGUAUCCUGCUCCAAAAUCAACUGGGAAGCAAACUCCAGCUUCUCCUGUUGCACCGUAUGCUCGCGCCCCAGGACCCAACAAUAGCCAGAAAAAGGCCAUGAAGGUGGCUAAAAAUGAUGGAGUCGGAGAGCAAUACUCGUACGACAUAUGGGGAAAUCAUUUCUAUAACAAUUUCUUUGGUAGGCCAAAGGAGAUGAGCAGGAAAAUGCAUGAUACUUCGGAAGGUGACCACCAAAGUUUCUUUGCAAUAGAUCCUCAGUCCCUCAUGAUGAUGCCAUCAGCAUGUUCUGUAUCUCCUGGGCAACAAUUGCCCUCUGACAAUGUAACUAACUUUGAUCAAAUGAAUUAGAAGAGCCUUUUUUUUUUCUUCUUUU